AUGAGUAAAAAAGAGGGAGAUAGCCUUGACGCUUUGUGUUUCCCCAAUGCAGAAGAUUAUCAAAAUGACUUUGAUACUGCCAAUUAAGUUCUAUUGGGAUCAGGAUCAUAUGGAUAAGUGUAUAAAAUGACAUUUAAAUCGAAUCCAUCAUAAUGUUGUGCAGUCAAAAUAGUGUAGUGCAUCAAGUAAUGUUCUCUCCUCUAUUCUAGCAAAAAAUCAUACGAUUAAGCCUUGAAAGAAGUUUAAAUGAAUAGACAAAUUAAUAUCCAUCCAAAUAUAAUUUAUUUUGACAAAAUCUAUGCUUGGUCAGAAACUAUCCCAGUUUAAAAGUAUUUCUUAGUCUUUCAAAUGAAAUUGGCUAAAGGGAGUCUGAAAGAUUUGAAAGACGAUGAAAUUAAAGCAACUCGUAAGACUUUUAAUGAAACAAGUUUCUUGAACAUUGUCAAUCAAUUAUUAUAGGCUUUCCUCUUUUUGUAACAAAAAGAAUUGUACCAUCGAGAUAUCAAACCAGAGAACAUCCUAUACGAUAAAGAGAAUGAAAAAAUUAUAGCAAGAAUUGCAGAUUUUGGUGUUAGCAAAGCUUUGGAACACUUUAAAACCAAUUUUAAAAACACCCUUGUAGGCACUCCACUUUACUUAUCACCCAAACUAUGGGAAGCUUACAUCAAUGGCUAAUACAAUGAUGUUAAACAUAAUUUAGAAAAAUCCGAUGUAUUUUCCUUAGGUGUUACACUCAUAUAGACUUAUUUAUUGCUACAAGAUCAAGACAUUGCUGGGUUAAAUGACUAGAAACAAAACAAAAUCCCAAAUCUAUUGCAACAAAUUUAUCAUGACAAAAUCAAGGAAUUGUUGACAGGAAUGUUAAAUUAUGAUGAGAAAUCCAGAUUUACGUGGUAAUAGGCUAUUAACUGUCUUGCUGGAAUAGAUAAAAUGAAUGGCAGUCUGGAGUAGAAUCAAGGAGGAAGUCUCCAAAAUAGAGAAAAACACUAUGCUUUACACAUACCUUAUGAAAAGACUAUCAUGAAUAAAUCAUAAUCAAUAAAAUUGAGGAAGAUAAAUUAAAUUUAUUGUCUAGAAUUGAAUGAGAUUACAAAGGGUCAAAUUGCAGAUGAUCAAGGGAUUAUUGUGUUUAGUGAGAAUUACCUAAUUCACAUCAAUUUCGAGGGAUAGAUCGUUCAUAAAACAUAAAUCUAAAAUCUAAAAAGUGUAUGUUUGACUGAACAACCCAAAAAAAUAAUCGGAUUAUUUGAAAAUAACACAAUCCAAGUUUUGGAUGAUGAGAUGUGUCAACCAUUUAGUCUACCAUCUGCAUCAUAAUAAAUUAAUGUAAUUUGCUAGAUGAAAGAGGCCAACAUUCUAAUUGGUCUCGGAAAUGGAGAGGUACAGGUUGUGCAAUUUGAUAAAACCUUUAAAGUUUUAAAUACAUUAAAGGAUCAUACCGCAUAGAUUAAUCUCAUUUAUUUUGAUAAACUCAAUUAGUUAUUGAUAACAUCUGAUUGCUCUAGAAUACUAAGUGUCAGAUUUUUGUUUAACAAAAAAUUUUCUUACUUAAAAUUAGAUUAUGUUGCAUAGCAUGUAGAAUUAUUAAAUGACACCUAAAUUGUAGUCAAUGGAUAAAAAUUAAAUGAAAUUUUAAUCUUGAAUAUCUCUCAUUAGUAAAAAGAACAAGGAAUGAAACUAGAAAUUAAAUAAACCUUAUCUCUACAAACUGGAUGUGUAUUAUCCUUAAUUAAUUUAAGUGAAAAAUGCUUAUUUGUAUCAACUGAGAAAGAAAUAAUAAUUUAUGAUUUAUAAUCAAUUUAAUAAGAUUCAGGACAUCUAUUCAAUAAUGAAAUGCAGUAAACAUUCUAUUAUUGUAAUUGGAUACGAAAUAAUGGAUAUUUGAUAACUAAUGAUGGAUAAAGAAUAAUGAAAUGGGAAAUUGACUAUCAAAAAAACUAGUUGUUUGGAACUAAUAGAAUUGUAAAGACUUAAACCAAGAAAUGCUGUUGUUUUGAAAGUUGCUCCAUUAUGUGAGAAUUAUAAAUGUAUGAAAUUUUGAUUUUUUCAACUCCAUA